AGAGAGAUCACAGAUAGAGAAUAGAGAGAUCACAGAGAACAGAGAGAUCAUAGAUAGAGAACAGACAGAUCACCGAUAGAGAACAGAGAGAUCACAGAUAGAGAACAGAGAGAUCACAGAUAGAGAACAGAGAGAUCACAGAGAACAGAGAGAUCACAGAUAGAGAAUAGAGAGAUCACAGAGAACAGAGAUCACAGAUAGAGAAUAGCGAGAUCACAGAUUGAGACUAGAGACCAAAGGGAGAGGGGGACUACACACGUAGAUUAUUACACAGCGCAAGUUCUACAAACUGCAUACAGUAUAUACAGCGACUCCAAACAGACUGCACAUUACUGUCCUAGUUCUACAGUUACAGGCAUGCAGGCGCCAGUGACAGGAGUCUAACCGCGAACCACUGGCCCCAUGGGAGGACAUCACCGCUGUGUCUGGGGGACAGUUCGGGUGGUGGCACGCAGAGCAAGCCAGUUCAACAACCCUGCCCCACGUCUCCUCACCCUCUUCCCUGAUCAUCGGCACUGCUCUGGCCGUGCGUUCUCCGUGUCUGCGCCCAGCCAUGCCGGUCCCAGUCUUGGUGCUGGUGGUGGCUUGUAUAGCUCCCUGGCAGACACGGCGCCUGUGCUACUUGCUGAGCACCUACUGGCGGCGACGCAGGCCUCCUUAGGCCUGCCCUGGUGGGCUACGAUCACUUGCAGCACGAUCGCACUCCGCUCCUGCGUCACCCUCCCCCUCACAGUCUACCAGAUGCACGUGAUAGCCAAGCUCUCCGCACUGCAACAGGAAAUCGCGGAGCUGGCACGGCUGCUGCGGCGCGAUGUGUCCGUGACGGCGCGGCAGCGCGGCUGGCCAGAGAGCACAGCGCGGUUUGAGUUCCGCAAGGAGCUGAAACGCCUGGUGAGUGAGCUGUAUGUGCGCGACAACUGCCACCCUGUGAAGGCCUCGCUGAUCAUGUGGGUCCAGAUCCCCCUGUGGAUCAUCCUAACCGUCUCCCUGCAGAACAUCUCCUGGCUCGCACAGGAUGAGUCAAGCAAGUAUGGAGGCCUCCUGGAAGGAGGAAUGUUGUGGUUUUCCAAUCUCACGGCACCGGACACCACGUGGAUUCUGCCUAUUUCUCUCGGCCUCAUAAACCUGCUCAUUGUCGAGAUGUUUGCGCUGCAGAGGAAGGACAUGUCGCGCAUGCAGCGGUUUGCUACGAACUUCAUCCGACUGCUCUCAUUAGUGAUGGUGCCAGUCGCCGCAGCGGUCCCGUCGGCUGUGAGCCUGUACUGGGUGAGUUCCAGCGCUGUGGGUCUGGCUCAGAACCUGGCUUUGAGGGCUCCACGAGUCCGUUCCCUCCUGCAUCUGCCACGUUCCCCCAUGGACUCCGAGACACCAUACAGAGACCUGGCUCGAUCAUUCCGCUCCAGGAUCAUGGAUAGAGGCGGUUCUGCAGAGACACCCAAGACGCGAAGAUGAAAUGGAACGAAGUGAAAGGCCGAGGCCUUGCUCGAAUAAUCUUGACUAAAUAGUGAAAUAAAAACCUAUUCCAUUUGUAGAACGUAGCCGUUUUCAUAUUAUUGUAUGUGUGAUCACAUUGUUGCAGAUGUUUUUUCACAGCUCAAAUACAAAAUGAACUCUGGAGAUGA